AUGUAUUUGAUACAAAAAAUAAAAGAAGUAUUUUAUGAGAAUGAAGCAAAUGACAAAUUAGAUAAAAAAAAAGAAAAAAAAAAAGUUCGUAUAAGCGAAUUAAAUGAUGAAAUAUGGGUAUAUAAAAAUGAUUAUAAUAAAGAAUAUCCAUCUGAAGUAAAUGAAAGUGAAGAUGAUGAAGAAUAUGAUGAUGAAGAAAAUGAAAAAAAAGAAAAAGAUCAUUUCUUAGAAGUACCUUUAUUUGAUGAAGAUGAAUACGGAAGAGAUAUAAAAAAAAAUUUGAGAUAUCUUCCACAUAAGAAAUCUACAGUGAAAGUAAGAGAAGAAGAGUCAGAAAUAAGCGAAGAAAGUUUAAGCACUACUGAUGAAGAAGAUAUAGAGGAGCCCUUUCUAGAUUUAUAUGAAGAAUUAAAAAGAGAACAAAAUAUAACAGAAUUUUAUAACCCAAUGUUAAAACCUAGGUUAUGGAGCUUUGAAUUUUUUAUAAAAUAUAUCCAUAAUCUAGAAAGCCAGAAACAAAAAUUUUUUUAUUUAGUAUCAUUUGGAAAUAAUAAAAAAUUAAAACUUUACGAUACCUUAAAAAAUGAAAUUUUAUAUACUCCCGGGUAUACUAUUGAGCCAGGAGAAAUUAAAUAUCUAAGAAUUCCAUUGCCUAUAUGGUCUCAAAAGGAACUUGUUAUAUCAUAUAAUGAUUUACAAAAUUUUGAAAUAACUAUUGAGAUGUGGAGUAUAAAUGGAUUUAUAUUUAAUGACUUAUAUGCAAGUUCUAAAAAGACAUUAAAAGAGAUAAUUGAAAUGGAACCGGAUAAUAAUAUAAUUUUAAAAAAGAAAAUUGAAAAACAAAAUAUUACUUUUGAAGCACAAUGCUUAGGAGUGUAUAUGCAAUUAUCAGAAAUAUUUGAAUUUCACAUGGCCUUAGAUAGUUGGUGGUUUAUAUCAAGUGGUGAAAUGCCAAAUUAUCUGAAGAAGCUUCCGAAAUUUUUGAGGUUUAAAUUUCCUUUAAAUGAAAGAGAUUGGAUAAUUCAUAGUUCCUAUAAGUCGUCAAAUAAUUUUUGGCUUUAUCCAGGAUAUUUCUGCUUUAUUGGAACACAUCAGCAAUUAGCUAAUUCCUUUUUUAUUCUUACAGUUUUAUGUUAUAAUUCUAGAUAUAGGUAUAAACCUCCGAUUUUACUAGGAUCUUGUAUAAUAUCGUUAAAAUCUGUAACAGAAUAUCCUUUCUUUAAAGGAAUUGUAAAAAAAUUAACAUUAGACAAAACAAGAUUUAAACAAGGAGAAAUUGUAGGUAAUAUUAAGUGUUUUGCUAAAAGUUAUGGUAUAAACGAAAUUGAAAAAAAUAUUCAAAGACCAUCUCAACCAUUUAGUGAUGCUACAUUAGUAAAUCAAUUAAUUUUAAAUGAUCAUUAUUUAGUAAUAAGAAUAAUUAAAUGUGAAAAUUUGGCUAUAAGUAGUAUUGAUUUAAACAAUGUUAAUAUAAAUGUUUGGGUAAAGUGGGAUGGAAUGGUUAAUAAAACUGUCACAGUAGCAAAAACUACUUCUCCUUUUUUUUAUCAAAAUUUAUAUUAUCCGAUAAGAUUAGUUGAUUCUAAAGAAUUAACUAAUGAAAAUUUAAUAAGAAAUGUAUUACCAAUAGAUUUAAUUUCCAAAGGAGAAAUUUGUUUUGAGGUUCAUAAUAAUAAUGAAAUUUAUUCAACCAUUUUGGGUAUUUUUGAACUUCAUUUUGCUGAUAUAUUUAAUUAUGGUACUAUUGAUUAUAGAUCUUUAGCUCAGGCCAAUACUAAGAGUAGUUCUACGUAUAAUGAUUACAAAGAAAAUUAUGAAAUUCCUAAUAGAACUACUAAUAACGCAAAUGAUAACUAUGAUGAUUAUUACAUGAAAAAUUACAAAACAGUAGUUUAUAAGAAUACAUUAGAAUUAAUGUAUUCUAAAAUUCAUUUAAAAUCACUAAAUAAAGAAAAUAUUCAAACAAAGAAAAAAUCAACUAUUACAAUAGAAGCUUAUGUGAUACCUCCUCUUCCGAAUAAUCUAGUUUUUUUUAAUGAACAUAAAGCAACUAAUUCUUCAUUAAUAUAUAAAGCUUUAUCAAAAAGGUGGGAAAAAGAUUUCACAAAAUUUAAUGAUAUUUAUCUUCAAUGGUUUCCAAAAUCAAUUAAAAAUAGAAAUUUUCCUUGUGUAAGCAAAAAUGAUUUUGAUAAUAAUAUAUAUCCAUUGUGUAGUUUUGUUACUUCAAUUAACUUACCUGCACAAGUAUCAACUCCAGGUCCUUUGUUUCACUGGUUAAAUAAUAUUGAAUAUAUUGAAAGUGAAGAUGAAUCAGCAAUUUUUACUCCACCUUAUUUUUUUUUAUCAUAUAAAAAGGGGACAAUACAAGAUCAUGUUCUCUUACUAUGUUGUUGUUUAAAAGGUUUAGAGUAUGAUGCAUAUGUUUGUAAAGGGACAAUAAAUAAUGGAAAAAAGAAUCAUUAUUGGGUUAUGACUAGACACGAAAAUGGAUGGAUUUGUUUUUGGGAAGUUACGAAUAAAUCAAUUAUACAUUUAAAAAAUAGAUGGAAUAAUAAUGAUUUUUUAAAAAAUUCAGAUAUUAUUAAACAAAAUGAAAUGCUUAAUAAAGUAAAAGAAAAUAAUGAAGAAAAAUAUUACAAUGGAGAAUAUUUAAUGAAUUUUGUUAGAUAUGGUUUAGAAGAGUUAAAGAGAAAAGAAAAAGAAAUUAAAGAAGAAUAUGACUUAAAAGAAGAAAAUGAAUUAUAUACAAUGGAUAUAUGUGGAGAAAACAAUACCAAAGAUGAAAAGGUAGACAUUGAAGAAAUUUUAUGUAAUGAUGAAGAUUUUUUUAAUAAUAUGCUUGAAAUAAAGUAUGAAAAAACUGAAUCAUAUAAUUGCAAUAAAGCUUUAAAAUAUUUAUUAGAAAAUUUCUCGAAAUACAUACCCAUAUCACCAAAAAUGUUUUUAGUUGACUAUGAAAAUACAUUAGCUUAUGUACCUUAUACUUCUAUUGAGAUUGUUUUUAAUGAUGAACAAUUAUACGGAAAUAUGCAAAAUCAUCAUCCUGCUUGUAUUUUAUAUGAUUUUGAAAAUAAUAAUCAUUGGCGUCCUUUACUUAACCAUUCACCAAUUCCAAUUAAAAAUGAAAUUACUAUUUCUACUCCUUUGAGUGAUAAACUUUCAGUAAAAUAUGCAAAUGAUUUAGAAGAAGAAAUUAGAGAAAUGAUUCUUUUCAUAAGAAACAAAGAAGGUUUAGAAACAAAUUUUGAACAUUCAUCAGAAAUAAGAUAUUUUUUAGAAAUGUAUAUAGAUUUGUGCGAAUAUAAGUUAAACUUAGAUAAUAAUUAUAACACAAAACCUGAAAAUUUUGAAUAUAAAGAAAAGAAUAAAGAUAAUAAAGAUGAGAAUGAAAAUGAAAAAAAAAAAAAAAAAGAAAAAAAAAAUGAAAAUGAAAAUGUUAAAAAAACAUGGUCUCAAUAUAAGAAUGAUUUUUAUCCAAAUAUAGAAGCUCAAUAUGUGAAUAAAGAUGAUUUAAAUUUUUAUAAUUCUUAUUAUCCAACUGAAAAUGUUGUAAUGAUGAAUACAGAAAAAAAAAAACAUUUAACUAAUAUUCCUAAAAAUUAUGUAUAUGGAAUGAAUGAUGAAAUUUACAAUAAGGGAAAAGAACAAUAUAUAGGAAAUUAUGUUUUUAAUAAAAAAAGUGAUUAUAUAUUAGAUAAUUAUGAUGAUAAAGUUAAAAAAAAAAAUAUAAAACGUUUUCAAAAUAUUCCAGUUCAUUAUCAAGAAAAAUAUGAAGAUAUAAAUAAAGAUCAAAUUAAAGAAUAUGAUUCAUUGCAUAAUUCAAAAACGAAUGAAUUCCCAAAUGAUAUAUACAAUAAUGAAAAUAUGAAUAAUAAUCGAAAUAAAAAAGAAGAUACCAAUGAAAAUGAUAAAAAAAAAAAUAAAAGAGAAAAAGGAUUGUGUGAAGAAGUAGAAGAAAGUGAGGAAAAUGAAGAAGAAAUAUAUAAAGAGAUAAAAGAAAAAUAUUACUAUGAUGAAGAGGAAAAUAAUAAUGAAGAGAAUUCAUAUUAUAGAAAUGAUGAUAAACCUAAUAAAUUCAUAAAAAAAUACGAUAAACACUAUGAUAAUUUGUUGAGACUAGAAAAAAGUUUAAAAAAGAAGGAAAAAAUUAUAAAAGAAGAAUUAAUGGAUAUUAAAUUGAGAAAUAAAAACUACUAUCAAGAAAAAUUAAAUAAACAAACGUUUUGUAAUUUUGUAGAUACACAGGAAUUUUUAAUGAAUAAAUUAAGUAAUAAAAAUUAUAUGAAAAAACUAAAUAAAAAUACGAACUGUGAAGAAUUAAAAAACAUAUAUGUUUCUUCCGAAGACUCAAAACAUGUUAAUAAAAAUAUUUUUAACGGUUAUUUUAUUAUUCCAUCAAGACAAUUUUAUUCAAAAAAAAAGAGUGAUUAUAAUAACAAUAAUCAACCAUUUUUAGAAAAUCCAGAGAAGGGUGAGCAUAAUAUUUAUUAUUCUUUCUCAAAAAAAGAAAAGAAAAAUAUUAAUGAAAUAGAAGUAAAAAAAGAUAUUUUAAUUGAAAAAAAUAUAAAUAAAUCACAAAAUUUGUUAAGGAGUAAUAUUAUUAGUACUAAUAAAAGUUCUAUUAGUAAAAAUAAUGAUAAAAACAAUAGUGAUAAUAAAAAGAAAAUAAAAAGGCAUCAUAAGUUUGAUGAAAAUUUAAAUAAGUUAGUAAAUAUAUAUAAGAAAAGACAUAAUAUAGGGAUUAUGAAAAAAAUUCCUUAUCAUAUAAAUAGGCAUUUGAGAAGAGAUGAUAUAACAAGAGUGAAAAAAAAUAGAUAUAAGAUUAAAUUUUUUUUGUUUGAGAGUAAUUCUAACAAAAUUAAGGAAAAAAGUAUAUAUUUUACAAACAAAUUACGUUUUUUAAAAAAUAAUACUAUUAAGAAGAAAAUGAAUUUUACUUCUUCAAAUGACAAAGAAAUAUAUAGUUUGAAUGAAGAUAAAAAGUUUAUUUUUCAAAGCCAUCAUCAAAUGCAUAGGGAUCAAGACAUUCAUGAUAUGAAUGGUAAUGGAAUGGAGGAAUACCAAGUAAGAAUAUAUAUAUUAGAUAAAGAACACAUUGAUAAUAUAAAUGCUAAAAUAACACAAAGGUAUUCAGAAUAUCCUAUUAUAGAAAAUGAUAUGAUUAAUAAUAAAAAUAAUGAAACAUAUGUAAAUAAUUUUCAAGGAAAUCCCAAUGAGAAUUUGCUAGAAAAAAAUUUGAAAAAUGAAUCCUCACAAAAUGUAAAUUAUGAUAAAGCAUCAACAAAAAAAGAAUCCUUUAAAUCUCCACCAAAAACUUGGUCAAGAUUAGAUUUAACAUCUAAGUAUGUUGUUAAUCAAAUUUCUCAAUGGAAUUGGUAUUAUUCAUUGGAAGAACAAUAUUUUAAUUGGCAAUAUUACAAAUUUCCUGUUCCACCUAAUCAUACAUUUGUUGGUUUCCCAAUUCAUUUUUCUACAACUGACGUGACUGAAGUAAAAACCUAUUUGUUACAUUCUAAAAGAUUUGAAAACAUAAUGAAACUUUCAAUAGAUAAUAUUUCAUUUCUUAUAUAUUGCAAAGUUUAUCCUUUAAUUGGUGGAAUUAUGUCAAAUUGGGUAUUCUUAGGUUGCUUGGUUCCCUGGAUGACUGCGAGAGAAAGAGAAACUAAAAUAAAAAGGAUUCCAAAAAAAGAUGUUAAUAAAAGAUAG